AUGGGAGAGUGCGGCCAGACCUUGGCUUCCUUUCGCAUUACUGGGGGCAGUAGGACAGAUCUCUAUGAGUUUCCCUGGCUGGCACUGAUUCGACACGAGAAACCUCGACCACUGCAGCUAAGUACGUUAAGGGAUUUGGUUAAAUUGUUUGCUGAGGCACAUACAACCUUUGAUUGCGUAGGGGCAACGAUCAAUUUUCGUUAUGUACUGACCGCUGCCCAUUGCGUGGUCAGCCGAGGGCUCAUCGAGUCGGUUGCAGUGGUGAGCAGCGUUCGCCUGGUCGAAUGGAACGUCGAGUCUGCUCCCGACAGCUUCCUCGAGGUGAAGGUCAGGAAAUUCUGUGCUGCCAGUUGGCUGGAAAUAGCAAUUGAAAAGAGGAUCGUGCACGAUGGGUACGUGCCCGACAGCAGCGACCAAUUCAAUGACAUAUCCCUGCUCCGUCUCAAGCAGCGUGUUGGGUGAGGAGAUUCGGUUACCCAGACUUGGAGGCCAUCAGCGUAAUGAAACCUGUUCGGAUCGUAGUCGUCACUUCCAGGGAUAUCUCAUGAAAAUAGCCUACUGGGGCCACACCGCCAACGACAGAGCGAGCUCGGUCUUGCUUAAGAGCACUAUUGUAGGACGUCAUUGGGAUGUGUGCCACGCAAGAUACGGCCCGAUGAGGCACACCCAACUGUGCGCUAUAAUAGGAAGUCGGGCAGCCCACUAAUGGCCAACAUCAGUGUGGGCGCCCGUGAAUUAAUUGCUCUUGCUGACAUCACCUCGUAUGGGCCAUGACCGUUUGGUCUGCAGGGCUGGCUGGGCACAGGCGCCUUCAUCGAAUGGAGAGUGCUGCAACUGGAGGCUUGAUCUGGUU